AUGGCUCCGGUCUCGUUGCCUCCAGGUUUUAGGUUCCAUCCAACGGAUGAAGAACUAAUCACCUACUAUCUCAAAAGAAAGAUCAACGGUCAAGAGAUCGAGCUAGAUAUCAUCCCUGAAGUAGACCUCUACAAGUGCGAACCAUGGGAUUUGCCAGGGAAGUCAUUGCUUCCGAGCAAGGACCAAGAAUGGUACUUCUUCAGUCCACGGGAUCGAAAGUACCCCAAUGGUUCAAGAACAAACCGGGCAACAAAAGCUGGUUAUUGGAAAGCCACGGGCAAAGACCGGCGGGUGAGCUGGAGAGAUCGAUCCAUAGGAACCAAGAAAACACUAGUCUACUACCGUGGACGCGCCCCACACGGUAUCAGAACCGGUUGGGUCAUGCAUGAGUAUCGUCUCGAUGAAACCGAAUGCGAGCCUAGUGCAUUCGGCAUGCAGGAGGCAUAUGCACUUUGUCGCGUGUUUAAGAAAAUAGUGAUCGAAGCAAAACCAAGGGAUCAACAUCAUCAGCAGCAGCAGCCUUACGUCCACACGAGCUCGAAUAUAAGUGGCAGCUCGAGUUUUGACGUUUGUAAUUCAGAUCUUGAAAUAAGUUCAAAUACACAUCAAGUUCUACCUUAUAAUAACGCUACCGACACACAACCGCGAUUUGGAAACGCAAACGCUAUGGGUGAUCAAGAUGACUGGUCACAGUACUUGUCACAAGACAUGUCUGAAAGCUUACCAAGUUACGGUUCUCCUUAUGGACCAUACCUCACUCAAUCAAAGGUAAAUACAGAAAUGGAAUGUGAGAUGUUCCAACAUCAAAUGUCGUUGCCACAAUUGCGAGUAGAAAACUCGCCGAUUCAAGCCAGCGAUUUCUCCACGAAAACGAAUCAAAACAGCGAUCAGUGCGGUUUCGAGGACUUCACUUUCGCUGCAAGUAAUUACUCAAACCAGUUUUAUAACAGCAACGUCGGUGAUCAUUUGAUACACAUUGGAAAUCUUGACGAAAAGUUAAUGCUCCAUGGUGGAAAUUCGACGUGGAUGAGGAUGUCUAACGAGAAUUUAGAACAGAGUUUUGUAGAAGAACCAAAGAUUUUGCCAAAUUUCGAGGAUAAUGACCAAGAUCUGGAAUUUUAUGGCGGAUCUCGGACCAAUACAAUCAACAACAUAGAGAUCGAUGAUUUUUUCUCGUUUGACAACCGAGUAGAAGAAAACGACAACUCAAACACAACCUUAAAUUCGUCAGGAUUCAAAAUGACUGAAGAAGACGUUAAAGUACACCAUAAAAUGCUCAUCUGUACACGUCAAACAUCGGAAGUUUUAUACUAUAAAGUCGUACCGUCGCAGAUUUUGAAAAUUCACAUAAAUCCGGUUCAAGGAAUUCAAGAGAGAACAAUGUUGAUGGAAGAAGGCAAGGAUUCUUGGUUCCAGAAGGCUGAAAAUGUUGCGAAGACGAGAAUGAAGCAGAUUAGCUUAGCUGCAAAACAUUAUUACAAAUGUCUUACAUUUGUUUUCUGA